CAUGUUAUCGGUUACUUCUUCUUCUAUCUCAUUUUUCUUUUCUCUCUCUCUUUCUCUCUCUCUCUCUCUCUCUCUCUUUCUCAGUUUUCACUUUCUUUUUCUACCCAACUACGUUUUCUCUAGAUCCAACUACUUUCGUUACCAGCAAUCACUUCUUUCGUUUAUUUUGCUUUCAAUCUUAGGUCAUUAAACCACCACUCUCAUAGGUUUUGCUCCCCCUUUCUCUCUCUAUGCCAUUCCCUCAGUUGGGAAGGGUGUACUGGAGUCGGAGUGUGAUUUCUCGGUGCAGAUUUAUUAACAAUACUGUAGACCUGUUGGCCUUUUCGGGAUGGGCAAGUUCAAGGGUUGCGGGAAGUUAAGAAGAAUGGGGCCAAGCGACGGAUCUAAGAGUGCUUAUGAAUUUUCUUUGAUGUUGUCUCCUGUCGUUUCUUUUUGGGACUGCAUUGUUCGUAAAAUGAGGUACUCCUACAGACCUGAGUGGGUGUAGUAGUCGGAACUUUUUCGUUAGUACUAGUCUUUAUACUUCAACUAAUUAGAAUUCAUUAGCUUAAUAAUAGUUUAGGGAAAAAAGGAAGAAAAAAAAUUAUAGAUAAAUGUAUACAACUCUAAAGAAGAUCUCUUGAAGAAUAGGGGUUCAAAACAAUCAUUUUUAAGUAUUUAUGUCAGUAGUAAGUUCUAUGGAUAACAUGGCGUGUAAUAAAGGGCAACAUGUGAGAAAAGCAAAGAAGAAACAGGUGAAAGAUGAGUUGGAUCGUCUGAAACAAGCUGAAAAGAAAAAGAGACGCUUGGAAAAAGCUCUAGCUACUUCUGCUGCCAUCAUAUCUGAACUGGAAAAAAAGAAACAGAAAAAGAAAGAAGAACAACAACGACUUGAUGAAGAGGGUGCUGCAAUUGCGGAAGCUGUCGCUCUGCAUGUUCUACUCGAUGAAGACUCAGAUGAUUCAUAUAAGGUUGAGUGUAAGACCUGGGAUUAUAAUCAUAAUCUUGAUUUCUUCAUGGAUGGUAAAAGAGCUUGUUUUCCGAAUCUAGAUGGUGGCACAUGGUCCGUCACUGCUGAAAAUGGCAAGUGGUCUAUCUCGUCCGGGCCUUACAAAAACAACAUGCACGGACCGCUUUACGAAGAAGCAGAGUGGGAUCCUACAAGAUUCUCCGUUGAUCUUAUAGCAGCACAAGCAGUUAGAUCACUCCAUAUUGCAGAGAAUGCAGAUGAUGACAGGAUUAUCUUCUAACGGAAUGCUUAAUUGUCAGAUUAAUCAUGGUGUCUUUGCUGGUGACUUCAGUCUUUUGUUAUUUCAUUGGAGGUCUGUCAUCUGUAUAUAACAAUAUGAUAUUAUAUACCGUGAUUCGGGAGUGAUGUGCUUGUCAAACUCAUUCUGCUUCAGCUGUGAUUGAACAUGUUGUGGUGGUGUCACUGUUUUGUUGUGAUUUUCGUUACUUGUAUGUGGGGCUGCUAAUUUUCUAUGUGGAGUGACUUUCAUACUUCUGAGUAUUGUAGAGAUCUAUACUUUUUUGAGCUGAUUAUUAAUGGCAAUAAUAUAAUUGCAGACCUCGUGGUUGUUAUACUUGCACUGUUGAAUCGUGUAUUCCAUCUUAUAUAUUGGUGGUUUAACGAUCUUGUGAUGAUGUUAGUAUUUAAACAGUUUUGGAA